AUGGGAAGGAAGACAAAGCUUCCAUCUCGAACAAAGAAAAUGAACCUCACAAGACUACUUAAGCUAUUAGAAAAUUCAAAUCCAACGAACCCAGCUAACCCAGUCCUGCCACCCCUUGAUAAAAGCCGAAGUCCAUGCCCAAAUAAAAACCUCCAUAAGGCUGGGUUUUUCAAUUCAACAGAGGAACUCCAUAAGGCUAGGCUUCAUAAUUCAACAGAGCAACUAGCGCUCCCGAAUGGAACCGCGGGAAAAUCAAGAGAAAACCCGAUCCCUAAGCAAGAAACUACUCCCAAAACAACAUACUCUCGCAGAAAUCUAAUUUUAAAUAAACAAAAACUCAUCAUCCUACCUGUAUACAUGCACAAAGAUCUCCUUUCUCCAGCACAACAGAGAAUUUAUAUUCUCAAGAAAACUGAAUUAGCCGUUAGAGGGUUCGUCCCAGCAGAAAACAUCAUUAAUGUUAAAUUUCUGCCAUCAGACAAGGACCUAAACAGAGUUGUGGUAACAUUCAGAGACUGGCACACAACCAAACUAGUUUCAGACAAUAAGGACAAGCUACAAAGGGUUGAAUUGCAGGUGACUCACCUAUUCGAAGUGUCCGGUACUCCCACUCCUCUCAUCGAAACAAUCAAGACUGAUAAGAUAAAAACAAAGCCGUCAAUGUCUAUGACGGACGAGAACUGUAAGAUGCUUCAACUUGAGGCAGACAAAGCCCCAAACCAGCUGGCUAAAAGACCAAAAACCCUAUCCCCCUAUUACGUACCAGAUGAAAGCUCCAACAUAGAGAAGGAAAACCGCUUCAUAGCAACUAUUGAACAAAUACAUAAAGCUCAGGACGCACUAAUUGAAAGAUUAGCAUCCAUAAGGAAAUCUAUUACACUCCUAGCCACACCCGUCACCAGGGAAUUUUACUAUGCAACCUAUACCACAAAACCUUUAUCCAACAGUGAGUGGACACUAAGGCUAUUCCUAUCACCAGAGGAACUCGGACCUACGGAACCACCUAUAACAAAGAAAACAAUAACACAUCAAGCUGAAAUAGCGGUACCACCAGGCAAGAACAGUUCAAUCUUUGUGGACAACCUAGGAGCCCUAGACACCAUUCACACGCACUGA